AUGUGCCGGCCAUACAUUGUGGGGUGGACAGGAAUUCGUCCAUCGGUCCCGACUGCUGAGACAUGGCGGUAUGUUGCGGGCCCGGGGCAGUCCCCCGCCUCGGUUUACCCAUUCAGACGGGUGUGAUAACGCUGUUAACACGGGCUAUGGCAGGUUGGGGCCCAGGAGCUCUCACUGCCUGCGUCCUACUCCAUCGGCAGCCCAGCCACGCCCCCCGAACACACUAUUUUAUAUAAGGUUUAUAGCGGGAUGAACAUUUGAUUCAUACUCUUUUGGAAUUGCUGAAAAGCAAGUCCCAUCUUGUAAUCAGCUAUCCUUCUCUAAUUACUGUACAUUGUGAAUAAACAUAUAAAAAAAAUUUUUUUUUAAAUACGCAUUUUGACUGUGUUGGAAUUCCACUGAAAGAGAAUUGGUAUUUAACAAAAUAUUGAUAAGGAAUGUAUACAAAAUAAAAAUAAUUAUAUAUCCUAGAUCAAUGUAUCUCCCUCUAAACUAGAUAAAUGCAUUAGUCUAGUAUGAGCAGGGGCAGUAGAAGUGUUGUGAUAGUCAUAAACACGUCAUCGGUGUAUCUGCAACAAGUCCUCCUAUUUCCAGUUUGGUUGUACAAACUAGAGCAUGAGCACAUGGGUGAGGUAAAUUAAACUCCCGCAUUCCAUAAAGGCACAAGAAAAUUGUGGUUAAAGGACCACUCUAGGCACCCAGACCACUUCAGCUUAAUGAAGUGGUCUGGGUGCCAGGUCCAGCUAGGAUUAACCCAUUUUUUUUAUAAACAUAGCAGUUUGAGAGAAACUGCUAUGUUUACAAAUGGGUUAAUCCUUCCUCCAAUUCCUCUAGCGGCUGUCUCAUUGAGGCGCUUGCGUGAUUCUCACUGUGAAAAUCAAGCGUUCAUAGGAAAGCAUUGUAAAUGCUUUCCUAUCAACCGGCUGAAUGCGCGCGCAGCUCUUGCCGAAUGGGAGGAACGGAGGAGGAGAGCUCCCCGCCCAGCGCUGGAAAAAGGUAAGUUUUUACCCCUUUCCUCUCCCCAGAGCCGGGCAGGAAGGGGACCCUGAGGGUGGGGGCACCCUCAGGGCACUAUAGUGCCAGGAAAACAAGUAUUUUUUCCUGGCACUAUAGUGGUCCUUUAACUGCCUAUCCAGUCCCAGGUUAAAUUCUGAGCUAGCACCUGUGUCUUCUGUUGCAGUACGUGUUAGUACUUGCUAUGAGUCUCAGUAGCUUGGUUGGUGUUAAAUGUGUUUUUAGUUCUGAUUAUUAAUAUUUUGCUUUGAAAUUUAAGUUUUGUCAAGGCUGUUUAAGGGGAUCAGUUUGAGUAUCAAACCAAUCAAAUAUUCAUGGCAAAUACAUGAUUAAAUACAUUGUCUAAAACAUAAUUCAGAAUAACUGUACCCAGUCAUGGAGAAACCUUUCUUUUGGCUUAUUUCUAAAUUCAUGGGAAAACAAGUCUGUAAAUCACAUGACGCAAUCUGUCUUUCUCUAAUUCUCUUUUUAUAGAUGGGGGCACAGCGGGUACAACGAACUGUAUCCUGAGGAAUUUGAUUCAAACAGGUAUGUGGUGAAAAUUAAUCUUCUACCUGCACGCCCCCUUUUUUUUUCAUCCAGCUAAUCAUAAUAUGUGUUUGUAUUUUACUUCUGUUCUGCAUGCAUGGAUUUGAGCUUUAGAAUUUCUUGUAUAUACUGGCAAACACAUGGGACCAGAACCCUUUAACCACUUUCCUUGACUGUUGUGCAAGCAAUGAUAUUAGAAGAAAUUACAAAGAUAAUACCCCAGUGCUCUUCCAGUAUCUCAAACUCCAGAUUUUCCCAUUGUAUCUGGUAACAUCUCUUACUAUGACCCUGUACAUUCAGCAGCAUAGCAGGUAUUGCCAAAAUAGCACCAUUGUCUAAUGGAUGCACAUGAAACUGCUGCUCAGAUGCUGUAAACGAUGGGUUCAGGUUCCUAACUAGAUGAUCUGGUGCGAAAUCAUAAAAACGUUGGAGGUCUUUUUUUGGGGGUGGGAAGUGACGGGGGAGGGGGGGAGAAUUAUAACACUCACUAAAACCCAAAAGCAACACAUAACCUCUCCCCCCCUUUUAAAUAUUUUUUUAAUGUAUAAUUUAUACAUAAUGGCGGUUGCAGUUAUAACCUACUGUCAUUUUAAAUAUGUGCAGGGUUUCCUCUGCUAUUUUGCACACAUUUUUAAAAAAUAAUUUGUGAUUUUUUUUUUCAUAUCUAUAUUUAUCUAUAUUUUAGCAAACAAAGUAUUUGCAUGGUGAAUCCAGUAAUCAUUGUUCAGCAUGGCAAUACUGUAACUUGUUAUAAGCUAAAUACUACUAUAUUUUCCAUUAUUAUAUUAUUUGCCCAUGCAUUCCGUUUUAUAGAUCUGUUAUAGCUUUUGUGAUUUAACCUCAUUGAGGGUGUAGUCCAAUGCAAAUCCUGUGAUAUGAAACCAGUCCUGGCAUGCCCUCUGUAACUGAGUGAUUAACAUCUUUAUUCACUAAGGAUUUCCUAUUGCCAAGUAAUUGAAAGGGAUUCUCCAGUCUUGAGGUCACCCCCAUGUCAUUUUUAAUCUAUGAUAUAGAUAAAUCCCUAAAAAAUAAAUGUUAACAAAGAAAUGAAUCUGGAGCGUCUGAACUGCUGGAAAACUUAAACCUAGCACUGCAAGGGUUAGAGUCCAGAUCAAUCAGUAGCUAUUUAAUUUCUUAUUAUGAAAACGGUUAUCUGAAAUAGAUUUCUCAGAAAUUUCUUCCUGAUGACACGUACAACUGUGUUAUUGGACACUGCAGCUUAGGAGGAAAGAGCAGAAAUGAAGCUGUAACAUCACAUACACUGGUACAUUACCACAAGCAACACAGAACUUCGGGAUACGGCUGGAAAGUUAAUCUAAAAGGAACACGAAAAAUAUACACAAAAUAGUGAAGUACAAUUAACACAUGGUUUUCCGCUGAAUACAAAUGCACUCACAGAAUGAAGUAGAAUAUAUCGCUCAUAGGGUGCCUCCCCUAGUGGAAUGGGGGGUUGGUAAUCCCUUGGCUCCUUCUAGGCUUCCUUUAUAAUGCUCAGGACUCCAAACAGGUAAUGGUAGAAAAAAGAUGUAUUUAUUGAUAAAAGGUGAACAUUCACCAUCAAUAUAAGGUAUAAUAAAAAGAAGAACGGUAUGGUCCUACGCGUUUCGUUCUGCAAAGAACUUCAUCAGGGACCGUAUAUAAAGAAUAAAAUCAAUAUACAAUUACAGUAUAUAAAAAAACAUCCUAUUCCCCCCAUCCCUGAGUCCUCUUUAAAUAGGGCUAAUCCCCAUGUUCAUUGGUGGUUCCGUGGGUGGUAUCCAAUAUCUGCUGUUUAAUUGGUUCUGGGAAGGAGCUGUUCAGCUGUUUUUCAUCCUCCCUGUGUUGCUAUAAUCAAUUUUGGCGCGUUCGAGCGACCGGAACCGGAAGUGGGAAAUGAAUCGCACUUCCGCGUUCCACUUGCGUUCCACAUGCGUUCCACCCGCGGCUGAAAUGCGUUCCACCUUCAUUGUGUCUCAAUGUAAAUGUAUAAUCAGGAAAAGACAAUAAAAAAACAAUAUAUUCUAUCUGCUAAAGAAAGAAACAAUAUUAGUAACCUUAUUUACUUAAUAUAAUCAAUCACCAUUAGGUUAUUAUAAUUAAACAGUAUCACAUUGUAUUUCUUAAAGUGAAAGGUGCGCUCAAAGUGCACAAUUUAUAUAAUACAUGUAAUCCUAUUAUCAACAAAACAUUAUAUUUCAAGUGUAACAUGCAUGAUUAGACUAUAUGAUAUAUAUCAAUAUCCAUUAAUUAUUAGUAGAUGGUUCGUGCCAUAAGAAUUUUUUAGAAGAAUAACAUAACAUAAAAAAAUAUAUAUAGAAAUUAUAAAUUAGAAUUAAAAAGAACUAAAUUUUAUAGUGUUCCUAUAGAAAAUCUCCAAUAUUAAGUGGAGUUACACAUAUAUCUAAUAUCCCAAGUGGUUGUGUUUUGCCCAUUGAUUAAUAAAUGUAUACAGGAUAAUAUUUUUAUCAAUACCUGUAUAUCUCCAAAAUACAAAAAGACCGUACUCCCAAAUAUAGUUAAAUUCCUGAAUAUCAAAAAAAAUCCAACUAGUAUAUAUAGUAUAUAUACAGGACAAUUUAGCCAUAUAUUUACUUUUAUAUAACCCAUAUGGAGGACGGAAGGUUGUAUUUUAGUCAGAAUCACCAUCAUCCAUAGAAUAAUGAUGUAUAAGGAAAUGAAUGUAUGUAUAAAUGAAAAUCAAUUCUGGAUUCUAAUCCAAAAAACAAACUAAAUCGAUACCAAUAUUGAGGCCCCUCGGUUCUAGGGUAUUUAACCGAUGUAUCCAGAAAGUCUCCCUUUGGGAUAGUUUCUGGAUUCUAUCACCCCCUCGCCAGAAUGGAAAAACUCUUUCAAUGCCCAUAAAGAUAAAAUCCCGAAAAGUAAAUAAUGGACAAUUAGAACAAUGGGCCGAAACUGAAUGAGUUUGAAGUUUCUUCUUGAUAUUAUUCAGAUGUUCAAGUAUUCUGACCUUUAGAAUCCUCUUUGUACGCCCCACAUAUUGUUUGCCACAGGGACACUGUAGUAAAUAAACCACAUAGUCCGAGUGGCAACCAAUUUCAGAUUUCACCUUGAAUGUUUCCCCUGUGACGUUACUAUGGAACAACUGUAUUUUGGACAAUGAUGUAGUAAUACAGGCCUUGCAGAUUCCACAGCCUCUAAAAAAAACAAUAGUGGAAGAAGAAUGGAUAUUAGGAGGUUUAAUAGCGUAGCUAGGAGCCAGUAGGUUCUUAAGAUUCUUAUUCUUUUUAUAGAUCACCAUAGGGCGAUCCGAUAAAGACUCUCCCAAAACUGGGUCCUGAAGUAAAAUGGGCCAGAACUCCUGCAAACUUUUUUUGAUUUUAUGAUGGUCGGUAUUGUAUUGAGUUAUAAAAGAUGAUUUGAAGUUUUUAUUAUUUUCAUUUGUACUGCCCUUGUCUUCUAAUAAUGAACUACGUUGUACCGAGCUGAUGGAACGGAUUUCUUUGUCCAAAGCAUUUCUUUUAUAACCUCUAUCCAUAAGCUUUUUCUUAAUAUAUAGUGAUUGGGUCCUAAAAUCCUGAGGAUUAGAGCAAUUACGUCUGACACGUGUAAACUGACUUCUAGCUAUGCCCCGUAACCACGGUUUAUGGUGACAGCUACGUUGGUGUACGUAGCCGUUACCAUCUGUGGGUUUGAAGAAACAUUUGGUCUGUAUUUGUUCUUGAUCACAGAAAAGGACCAGGUCCAAAAAGUGGAUUUCAUAUUUAUUCCAUACUGGAGUAAAGACCAGAUUGUACUGGUUGCAGUUAAGGUAUUGAACAAACUCCUGAAAAGCAACCGAAGAUCCCUUCCAAAUAAUAAUAACAUCAUCGAUAUACCGCCGCCAUAGGACCAGGCUCUCCCUCCAGCCAUGCCCAGACCACACAAAAAGUUCUUCCCAUCUUCUCAUGUAGGUGUUUUUCCAUUCUGGCGAGGGGGUGAUAGAAUCCAGAAACUAUCCCAAAGGGAGACUUUCUGGAUACAUCGGUUAAAUACCCUAGAACCGAGGGGCCUCAAUAUUGGUAUCGAUUUAGUUUGUUUUUUGGAUUAGAAUCCAAAAUUGAUUUUCAUUUAUACAUACAUUCAUUUCCUUAUACAUCAUUAUUCUAUGGAUGAUGGUGAUUCUGACUAAAAUACAACCUUCCGUCCUCCAUAUGGGUUAUAUAAAAGUAAAUAUAUGGCUAAAUUGUCCUGUAUAUAUAUUAUAUAUACUAGUUGGAUUUUUUUUGAUAUUCAGGAAUUUAACUAUAUUUGGGAGUACGGUCUUUUUGUAUUUUGGAGAUAUACAGGUAUUGAUAAAAAUAUUAUCCUGUAUACAUUUAUUAAUCAAUGGGCAAAAACACAACCACUUGGGAUAUUAGAUAUAUGUGUAACUCCACUUAAUAUUGGAGAUUUUCUAUAGGAACACUAUAAAAUUUUGUUCUUUUUAAUUCUAAUUUAUAAUUUCUAUAUAUAUUUUUUUAUGUUAUGUUAUUCUUCUAAAAAAUUCUUAUGGCACGAACCAUCUACUAAUAAUUAAUGGAUAUUGAUAUAUAUCAUAUAGUCUAAUCAUGCAUGUUACACUUGAAAUAUAAUGUUUUGUUGAUAAUAGGAUUACAUGUAUUAUAUAAAUUGUGCACUUUGAGCGCACCUUUCACUUUAAGAAAUACAAUGUGAUACUGUUUAAUUAUAAUAACCUAAUGGUGAUUGAUUAUAUUAAGUAAAUAAGGUUACUAAUAUUGUUUCUUUCUUUAGCAGAUAGAAUAUAUUGUUUUUUUUAUUGUUUUUUCCUGAUUAUACAUUUACAUUGAGACACAAUGAAGGUGGAACGCAUUUCAGCCGCGGGUGGAACGCAUGUGGAAUGCAAGUGGAACGCGGAAGUGCGAUUCAUUUCCCACUUCCGGUUCCGGACGCUCGAACGCGCCAAAAUUGAUUAUAGCAACACAGGGAGGAUGAAAAACAGCUGAACAGCUCCUUCCCAGAACCAAUUAAACAGCAGAUAUUGGAUACCACCCACGGAACCACCAAUGAACAUGGGGAUUAGCCCUAUUUAAAGAGGACUCAGGGAUGGGGGGAAUAGGAUGUUUUUUUAUAUACUGUAAUUGUAUAUUGAUUUUAUUCUUUAUAUACGGUCCCUGAUGAAGUUCUUUGCAGAACGAAACGCGUAGGACCAUACCGUUCUUCUUUUUAUUAUACCUUAUAUUGAUGGUGAAUGUUCACCUUUUAUCAAUAAAUACAUCUUUUUUCUACCAUUACCUGUUUGGAGUCCUGAGCAUUAUAAAGGAAGCCUAGAAGGAGCCAAGGGAUUACCAACCCCCCAUUCCACUAGGGGAGGCACCCUAUGAGCGAUAUAUUCUACUUCAUUCUGUGAGUGCAUUUGUAUUCAGCGGAAAACCAUGUGUUAAUUGUACUUCACUAUUUUGUGUAUAUUUUUCGUGUUCCUUUUAGAUUAACUUUCCAGCCGUAUCCCGAAGUUCUGUGUUGCUUGUGGUUAUCUAUGUUAAAAGGUCGUUUUCUCUGGGUAACGAUCUUGGGAGGCUGUAAUAAUUAAGUUAAGUAUCUGUAUAUAUCUCUCUACAGUUAUUAUCUUGAGUAGUGUGUAUAUUGUACUGUAUUACACUGGUACAUUAACCAGAAAAAAAGGAAAUAAUUUAAAAUGGGGGAUGUGGAACACAUGAUGCAUGGAACAUGCAAAAAUACAGCUAAUUAUUUAGGCUAGGAACUAUGAAAUAUCUACAUGUUGUAUUAGUGUCUGAAGUGUCCUUUUUAAAUAACGACAAAUAUACCAAAUUACACCAGGUGGGAAAAUGACCUUUUAUUUCAGCUGACCUUCAUGUAAUCCCUCAAUUUAACCUUGGUGUUUAUUUAUUCUUUAUGACAGUGACACAGAAGAAAAAAGCAACAAAAGGAAAACAAACGGCCAGGAAACGACAAGAGGCAGAGCUCAAAAAGAACAGGAGUCUCAUAAACGUAAGAGAUCUAAGAAAACCCAUAAAAAGAAACAGAAGAAACGGUCUCACAAAAAGCUAAAGAAGAGAAAGAAGGAGUUGGAGGUGCCUACAGAAACCUCAAGUGAGAGUGACAGUUCAGAGGACACCAUGGAAAAGCCAAAGAAAUCUAAGCGCAAGAAGAAGACUCGAAAAAAGGCCACUAGAAAACAGCCAUCUUCAUCUGGACAAGACAGCGAUUCAAGUGAUAAGAUGAGCAGCACCGAAGAUGCUGAGACAGAGGAACAUAAAGGCAGAUGCCAUAAAAAAACAAGCCAGAAACACCACCAUCGAUCAAAACCCAAGAAAGACACCGAGAUGGAAUUGAGGAAAAGCAGGAGGACAAACUGGAAAGUGGCUAAAGACGAGGGGUCCGAUAGCUCGGAUGAAGACUGA